AGAAGAGUAGCGAGAAAGGGAGGUUAAAAGAGACUAGCACACAGACAGACAUUGACAACGGACUGACACACUGAACAAACCGCCUAAAAUGAUGUCGAUUUUCCUGCUUUUUUGGCUAAGCUUGUCCACAACAAGCGCAGCCUCUAACCUGAGAAAAGAUCCAACCGAGGCGCCUAUCCUAAUAACCGCGCCGCCAACUGAGGUUAGAUCCCGCUUUGCCAUGUUAGAUGACGUACGACUCCUGGCUAACGGUUUGCUCCAGCUCGGCCAGAGUCUCCGAGAGUUUGUGCACAAAACCAAGUCCCAGAUCAACGACAUCUUCCAGAAGCUCAACAUCUUUGAUCGCUCCUUCUACCAGCUCUCAGUGGUCACCAGUGAGAUCAAAGAGGAAGAAGAGAAGUUAAAGGAGACGACCAUAUUUCUGAAGGCCAAUAAUGAGGAGAUCAGAAACUUGUCACUGGAGAUCAACUCAAAAAUUAACAAUAUUCUCCAAGAGCGAAACCAGUUGCAUAGCAAGGUUGGAGGACUGGAGGAGAAGCUGAAGGGCUUGUCUCAGAGCAUGAUGCCUCUGGAGCAACUUCAAGAGAUCACUGCUUUGAAGGAUGUGAUUGAAACACAAGAAAGGACCAUUACAGACCUGCUUAAAUCUGUUAAAGAGCAACACGAACAGCUAAAUUACCAGAAGACCAAAAUUAAGAGUCUUGAGGAUAAGGUGAACUAUGACACUUUUCAAGACACAGCUGAAAAACCUUUGGAUUUAAACCCAGAAACGCUAGACCCUUUUCGGUACCUAACAAUCAACUCCACCAAUGGAACUACAGAAAUAAAUGACUUUCCAAUAGACUGUAGUGAUGUGUUCAAAAGAGGCCAGAGGACCAGAGGAAUUUACCCAAUCAAACCCAAUCAAUCUGAACCUUUCUAUGUUUACUGCGAGAUAAGUUCUGAUGGAGCAGCAACCGUCAUUCAGAGGAGGGAGGAUGGUUCUGUUGAUUUUGACCAGUCAUGGGAAAAAUAUGAACAUGGCUUUGGCAAAUUGGAAAAAGAGUUUUGGCUUGGCUUGGAGAAGAUCCAUUCCAUUGCUCAACAAGGAGAAUACAUUUUACACAUUGAACUGGAAGACUGGAAGGAGGAAAAGAGAUUCAUAGAGUACAUGUUCACCCUGGAAGGCCCUGCGUCUGAUUACGCCCUUCACGUGGCACCUUUGUCCGGAGAUCUGCCUGAUGCCAUGAGCAACCACACGGGCAUGAAGUUCUCAACCAAAGACAGAGACAACGAUAAUCAUGACGAGUCCAACUGUGCCCGCAAUUACACAGGUGGUUGGUGGUUUGAUGCAUGUGGGGACACCAACUUAAACGGGAGAUACGCCUGGGUGAGGCUGAGGACUCGCCACCAGCGCAGGAAAGGAAUCUACUGGAGGCCAGCCAAAGGAAGCUCCUUCACUCUCAAAUCCACAAAGAUCACCAUCAGACCAUCAACCCAGUUUAAAUAAUCCCUGACCCUAAUCUCACUCUCUAUUGGGUAAUUCAGAAUCAAUUAGAGGUGUCCCACUGGCAGUAGACACUGGCCAACAAAGCUUUUCCCUUUCUCUACAGACAGCCGAAACUGAAUGAUGCAACUGCAACAGGUCAUUGACUCUGGUAGAGGGUAAAAACCAAGUCAAAGGGUUAUUGCAACAUGUUAGUUCAAAAUCUUCAUAGGUCACCAGAUAACACACUUGUAGCUUACUGACCAAGA